AGUUUCCGCUGUAAUUCUCCUCUCGAUAUGCCUGCAACUAGACGAAGGUCUACAGCCAAGACACCGGUGACCAAGAAGCCUCCUUUCAAACUAUCUCCUCGAAAAAAAUCCACACGGUCAUCCUCAAGUACCAAACGCUUGAACUCGGCUCUCCCUCUCCAGCACGAGCAACUACCUUCUCCACAUGCAGCUACUCCUGUGUCAUCAGUAUCAGUCAACGACAAUGCUGCAGCUCUCUCACUCGCCGAUAGCGAUGACAUGGACUCCCAAACUCAUAGUUUCUUGAAACUCACCAUGCCCGAGAACGGUGAUCUCUCUCCUCAACCAGCGAAGUUGUCCACGAUCCCACCAACGGUCCCACCUAUCCCACCGCAUUCGCAUCCGAAUGCUCUGCCAACCACGCCUUCAAUACCAGGACAUCUUCUCGCGCCGGUUCCUCAGAGGAGAAAUUGGUUAUCUACUUGGUUGGACCUUAGCUGGUACGAGUUCAUCUCACAAGGGUGGCGUCGCAUGAAGGGUCACAAAUUUGACGACUCGAAUACAUCUCUGCCCCUUACUGCCGUCAUCUUGGGCGCACAAGCCUUUAUGGCUCGUCUGCACAAAGCCAAUCUCAUCUCCUAUGCCGCCUGCGCAACAACAGUUGGCCUGUUAUGUGAUAUGGGUUACGGCCCUCAAGGGACUCUCCGCGCCAAGCAAGCCUUUGAAAGCCUCAUACAGCAAAUUGCAGCAGCCGUGGCCGACAAUCGCACACCAGACGUCGAUCUCUUACUCACGAAUCACAGAUGUUUUAUUUUAGAGCAGAUUUGUACCUCCUUCACGGGCUUCACUCCUGCUCCUCCCACGGUCCCAUCUCAACCGAGGUCAUCUAAACUUUGGCCUACAUCCUACUCUUGGUGGGACAGAACGACUAGGUCUGACUGGAACAACUACAACAAUACCAAGUGGUGGUCUUGUGGCUCAUGGGAUAAGCACCAAAACAAAAACUCUGCGUCUUCCACCCCUGCCAAGUCCGACGGUCGCAAAUGAAAUCAAAAGCAAAAAGCCAUGCUCAUGGUCUAUCUCUAGUCCUACGGACGCCUUUUUUCCCCUGUCUCUUGUCGAAUCUUUCCGAUAUUAUUCACACUCCACGAGUCUACUCACACCAUUCUCGUCUAGUCUAUCACUUUCUGUCUCCACCUACUACCACGCUUCGAGCUUCA